CUUCCACUCUCCAUUCCUAAUGACAUCGCCCGCCUCAGAAUAGCAACUUUGAAGCGAGGGCACGGGGGCGGGCAUUGUAGCUUAUUACGCACGCGCAUUCUCUUCUCACUGAUUGGCGAGCGCCGUACACUUUCUCUCUUGCUCCAAGAACCCCCUUAGCAACGGUCACCGUUGAGACGGAGGAAGACGCCCCCAGCGGGUUGGCUGUGCCUUGCCUCUCUGCAGCGUAGAUUGGCUGAAGCGUCGAUAGAGGGCCAGGCCUUGGCAGCCGCUGCUGGAGAACCGGCUGUCCCAGAACCGAGGCAGGACAGAACCUGUGGUGCCCCGCGGCACACAGGAGCGACAAGAUGAUACGUCGGAAGUCCAGCCAAUUCCAGGGACUGAAAAGGCAAGCGGAGCUUGAACAGCACUACGAUCUGCGGAGAGAACCCAAGAAAGACCUCAGGUCAUUGGAUGAAUCGGCCACGCGGAUGGGAACAGGUGUGCAUACCGAGUCGGGGACCUUGGCUUCGGUGAAUGCGGAUGAAGAUCCUGCAGCCAACUUGUUCCCGCCGCCACUGCCCCAGCCCCGGAUCUGUAUAUGGAAGUACCUGGACAUCCAUUCCAUGCACAGGCUGGAGAUGACAGCCAACGUUGAGGAGAUGAGGGAGGUGCUGGCCGAGCUGUUGGGGCUAGGGUCUCCUGUGCAGAGCCUGCGGGACGCCAUCACCCUGGACCUCUUCUCCCAUGCACUCAUCUUCUGCCGCCAACAAGGCUUCUCCCUGGAGCAGACAUCAACGGCUUGUGCCCUGCUCCAAGAUCUUCACAAGGCCUGUAUUGCAACCCCCUUGGGCAACGUGGAGGAAUGUUACCGCUACUUCACCAGUGUUCUUUUUUGCCACGGAAUCAGGCGGCCCCCCUUCAGUAUCAACCUCUUUAAGGAGGAACAGCUGCUGGCCCUGGCAGAUUAUGUGGUCAACACCUACUUCCGCCACUUCAAGCUCUACAAAUAUGUCUUCACACCCCAGGUACUGGGCCAUGGGCUACAAGAGGCCACGCCUCAUCUCCCCCCUUUCCCUCAGUGCAGACGUCUUCCUCCCUCUUCCCAGGUGCGGCUGGAUCUAUCUUUGACUUACAUGGGGCUACAGGCACCCAAGCUCUGGCCAAAGGAUGAGACGGGUAAGAGAGAAUGCCAGGGCGAGGGCUGGACUGCGCUGGGGCUGGGGCUGAAGCCUCCUCCUGCCUUCUGGCUUGCAGAGAAAGAAGAGGGCAAAGAGGUGGAGGAGCAGGCAGUCACCCCAGAGGAGGAGGAACCGGAAACAGUGGUCCAGCCAAAGCCAGAGCCAAGCCAGGUCUCCGUCCUCCGGGCCUACAUCAAGACCCAGAUGAACAAGGAACUGGAGCAGCUCCAACAACUGGUGGAAGAACAGCUCAAGGCCAGCGAGGAGAGGCUCAGCAGCAAGCUGACCGCGCUCAAGCAGCCCCUCCAGCUACCUCCAGGCAAAGGCAAGAACAAGACCAAGUGACCCCCAGCAUCUUCCCCAAUAAAGGCUUGGACCAAAGUGGCCCUACCCCGCCCCCCUCCUGAG